GUUUGAAAAACGAUUAGGUUUAUUUUUAUAAUCAAUCCUAUUUACGUUAAUAUACUUUUGAUGAAGGCACUUUCUGGUAGAUUAAAUUGAAAAAAAGUUGAUAUUAAUAGGGAUAUUGUAUUUUCAACAGUUUAUUUUUUCAACCAUAUGAACAAAAUGAUUCAACUGGAAUAAGUCGAUGUGAUUUUAUGAACAGAAUUAUAUUUAUCGUUUUAAGUUAUUUGGUCGAGAUAGAUUUUUUCUAUUGAUCUGAGUGAAUAUGAAUGUGUUAAAUAAGAACUGGUUUACAUUAUUUCCCUUUGCGGUCUUCAUUUUUAUUCAACAUCAAUCUACAAAUGCAACUCCUGCAACGCUAUUGAAAGAAGACAAUUUAAUUUUGUGGAAUUCUGACGUAGAACCAUACGAAAUAAGAUACAAUUGGACGAUUUCUAAUUUUAGUUCCCUGUCAGGAAAUGCUUUAAAAUUUAAGCAAUUUCCAACUUCCCAAAAUACAAAGUUUUCCUGGAUAGUAGGAUUAGAUUUGAGUAGUAAUAGCACAGGAAAAUAUAUCAAUUUAUAUGUCAGAUUAAACAAAGGAUCUUUUGGAAAAGCGGUCGUAAAAGUCAAAGCCUCUAUUAUCGAUAACCAACUCAGAGAGGUUCGAUCAAAAGAAAAAUUUGAAGAACUCGUUGUGAACAAAAAUAGAAUUACGUGGGACGAAUUCUGCAAGAUUGAUGAUGAUUUUCGAAAUCAAUCGCUAGUGGACGAUCAAUUGACUAUUUCCCUGCAAAUAUCCUGUUUUAUUCAAUGCAGCAACCUUAGGAUGCCGGAUAGCUCACUCGAUCGCAAUAUUAUAAAAUGUGAUCUAUCCGAUAACUUGAAUUCAUUGCUAGAAAAUCCUAAAUUCGCAGAUGUGAAGUUAUCGGUUAAUGGUAAAAGUUAUUUAGCUCAUAAAGCUGUUUUGGCUGCUCGUAGUAGAGUUUUCGCACGCUUGUUCGAAGACUUGGACGAGGAAGAUGGUAAAAAACGAAAUAAAAUCAUAAUGAAUGGUACAUAUUUUGAUGAAGACGUAAUGAAAGCAAUGUUACAAUACAUUUACACUGGUAAAUGUGAAGCUAUAAACAGAUCAGCGGACAGAUUAUUAGUCGUAGCUGAUGAAUACGAGCUAGAUGGGUUGAAAAAAUCGUGUUCGAAAUUGUUGGAAGGAUCAUUGUCAGUUGAAAAUGCAAUCAAUACGCUGCAAUUGGCAGAUACUCACCAUUCGAAUGAAUUGAAAUCGAGAGCGAUCGAUUUCAUCGUUGAAAACUCUGUUCAAGUAUUGAAUACCACGGAAUGGAAGAAUAUGCUGACGUCAAAUGUUCAUCUAGCUGGUGAAUUGAUUCAAAAAUUGGCGCAUCGAUUGAAUAUUUAUCAAAAGAAAACUCAGUCAACUUAGUAAUACCAACUCAAAGCACCCGAUUAUAGGAACUGGUGCACAGAGUGUUGAUAAUUAACAACCAAGUGAGUGAAGUUGAGCUUUGAAAAUGAAAAUUAAUUAGAUAGAUAUGUAUUAUACCUAGUGUAAUUUUUCGAAACUAGCAAAAAAAUUAUUUUGUAAAACUGUCUAAGUACCUAUCUUUAAAUUUUGGAAGAUCUAGAUCAAAUUGAAAAUUCUAUUUUUCACCCAUACUGUCUUCAAUUUUAUUUAGAAGUGUAUAGAUACUCGUAUUUUAUAAGAAAAUAAUAAAUGCAUUAUUCAUAACAUUAAAAGGUUGAGCCUAUCGCUUAAGAAAUUCUUCAAUUUGUUUUCGAAAAUUCAAACUUCACAGUUCAAAGAAGUUUUUGCAUUAAUCACGCUGAAACAUCAAAAGAUCAUUCCUGAAACAGGGGGGAAUAUUUUGGAACAAAGUGGUGCCAAUUUUUUUGGCAAUAUUAUCAAUUUUGAAAACUCGAAAAAAUUUAUGGUAAAAGUUUUGUUGGCAUAAAUUAGAUUUGUUCAUUCUCAAAUUGACUGGACUCAAAAUUGAUAAAACAACUGAAGAUGAUUGAACGAUUAUCAGAGAAAUGAUUGCAUAAAUAUAAAUGGUUUUCGUCUGAAAUCUUAUCGAGAAAUUCAAUUACUCAUUCGUUGCUUUGAUAAAUAUGAAUUUACGAAAUAAUUAGGUGUAUUUUUAAUCAAUCCAUAAUCACUUGAAUAUACGUUUGAUAAAGUCAAUUCCAUGGGUGCAUUAAAUUAAAAACAAGUUGAUAUUACUUAAUACAGAUAAGGUAUUUUCAACAGUUUAUUUAUUCAACCUUAUAAACAAAAAAUGAUUCAACUGAAAUAAGUCGAUGUGAUUUUAUGAACAGAGUUAUCCACUAUUUUGAAAUUAUUUAGUCGAGAUAGAUUUUUUUCCAUUUACCUGAGUGAAUAUGAACGUGUUGAAUAAGAACUGGUUUACAUUAUUCCCCUUUGCGGUCUUCAUUUUUAUUCAACAUCAAUCUACCAUCGCAGCUCCUGCAAUUCUAUUGAAAGAACACAAUUUGAUUAUGUGGAGUUCUGACGCAGAACCAUACGAACUAAGAUUCAAUUGGACGCUUCAUAAUUUUUUUCCCUCGAGAUAUUCUAUCAAUACUGGUGUUUUUCCAAAAACUUCACGAAAUACAGUAUUUAUUUGGUCUGUGGGAUUAUUUUUGGAUAGUGAUAUAAAAAAUAUCCGGUUAUUAGUCCAAUUAAGCAAAGCUCUUGUUGAAAAAGCAAUCGUAAAAGUCAAAGCCUCCAUUAUCAAUAACCAACUGGAGGAGGUGAGAUCAGAGGAAAAAUGCCAAGAAAUCUUUGCGAGAAGAAAUAAAAUCGAGUGGGACGAAUUUUGCAAGACGGAUGAUAAUUUUCUAAACCAAUUACUAGUAAAUAACACAUUGACUAUUUCCUUCCAGAUAUCCUGCAGUAACUUUACGCCUACCUACCCAUGGAAACAUGAUUCUAUAAAAUUCUAUAAAAAUACAUUGGAAAAUCCUCUAUGGGAUCUUAUGCUCAGAAAGUACCUAUAAACCUUUAUCAGAGGUUCGUGUAAAAUUCCAUUUAGUAUUGUUUUACUUUUGUUUUAAAAAUUGUACCUAUUUAAUUUGUAAAAAUGCUGUAAGUAGUUAAUGAUGAAAAUAUAUGUAUAAUUUACCCUUAAAAUUUAAAGUAAAAAUUUUUUUCA